ACACGUGAGUGAGGCCCUGCGCAAACCCUGUGUGACGUCCCUAGGGCCUCGAGAGAUAAACAGCCACUUCUUCCCAAGCGGCACUAAGGGGAGCUGUGGCGGAGCCUCCCGGGCAGGGGGUGAGCCUGCUCACCUGAAGAUCUCACCACAGCCAUGAGCAGCAAGGAAUGCUUCAAGUGUGGCCGCCCUGGCCACUGGGCCCGGGCAUGCCCCAGAGGAGGAGGAGCUCGAGGACGCAGAGCUAGAGACCAUGGCAGAGGGGCUCAGUGCUGUUCCACCACCCUACCUGACAUCUGCUAUCGCUGCGGUGAGUCUGGGCAUCACGUUAGGAACUGUGACCUUCUCGAGGACAUCUGCUACAACUGUGGGAGGAGUGGCCACAUCGCCAAAGACUGUGUCGAGCCAAAGCGAGAGCGAGAACAGUGCUGUUACACCUGUGGCCAGCCAGGCCAUCUGGCUCGUGAUUGCGACCAUCAAGAACAGCAGAAGUGCUACUCUUGCGGCGAAUUUGGCCACAUUCAGAAAGACUGCACCCAAGUCAAGUGCUACCGGUGUGGCGAGACCGGCCACAUAGCCAUCAACUGCAGCAAAACGGGCGUGGUCAACUGCUACCGCUGUGGUGAAUCCCGACACCUAGCCCGGGAAUGCCCCAUUAAGCCUACUGCUUAA